CUAUUUCUGUCAUCAAGAAGCUGGGCGAGGGCGAUAGCAGGUGCACUGUGGAAUGGAAGCUAGGAUUUACCAUCUUAGACAUACAAUGCAUUAGUGGGCGCAGAGGUGAUGCAGAAGAUGUCUUCACAAAUAUUAGGUCCGAGUGUCCAUUUGUGAAGCUAUGUAUAGCUCUUCCACUUAAAAAUCAAAUUUCUGCAAAAAGUUCAGGUUUGUGAAGAGGACAGGUGUAAUCAUGGCUGAGUCUGACCUACGGAUGCAGCUAGAGCAGCAGCAGACUCUGAUAGACCAGCUCAAGUCCAUGAUCCGAGAGGGUGAGGAGGCACUGAAGAAAAAAGAUGUGGAGCUGAAGGAGACAAGUAGCAAAUUGUCCAAAAUGAAGCUACAGGCUAAGGCAAAGGUUGCGAAAAUGACUCAAGAGGCUAAAAAAGGACUUGCUGACUCACCCAAAAAGACAAGUGAUGAGGGGGGUGCCUCAACAUCCGAGGACUCAUCUGGGGACAAAGGUAGUAGAGCUAAGACCAUGCUGCUGAAGAAGAAGCUGGAGGAGAAGGACCGUGCAUUGCAGGAGAAGACAGAUGUCAUCAGCGAGAAGGAGCAACAGCUGGGACUGAAGGACAAGCUGAUCAUUGAGCGAGAGGAAACUAUCAAAAUGCUGACCACUCAGCUUGAAGAUAGAGCUCAACUUCUGGAAGAAAUGCAAAGUUCGCAGAGUUCAUCUGAUUGUGCAGAGAACACAGCCCAGCAGAUGUAUGCUCAGAUGGUGUACAAGGACACACGGAUCUUAGAGUUAAACAACAAGAUCCUGGAGCAAGACAAGAAGGUAAUGGAUCUUCAGGAGUUUGUGAGUGAGAAGAAUGAGGUCAUCAGAGGUCGGGACCAGGUCAUUGAGGUGCUGCAGAGUACCAUAAAGGAGAAGGACCAAACUGUUCAGGACCAAGCGGCACUCAUUGCCAAACUGACAUCUAAAGUGGAGACUAGUGAGGAGAAAACAAGCCUCCUUACAGAACAGGUCAACAAGCUAGAGCAAGACCUGAAAAACGAAGAAGAGAGGUUCAACACUAAGAUUUCGGAAACUCAGAAAUAUUUCGAAGAAAUGCUUCAAGAGCGAGAAACCGAAUCUGCCCAGUUAAAGGAGAUGAUACACUCAAGGGAGGUAGAAAUUGCUGCUAAAGACAGUGACCUCAGGGAGAUAAUUACACGUCAUGAGCGGGAUGUCCAGCGUCUUAUGACGAAAGGGGAGGUAAAUAUGGAAGACCAUGUGUUACAAAUGAUGGAACAGCGUAUUAAGGAUACUAAUGAGGUGUUGGAGGGAAAGCUCAAGGUCAUCGAGGUGCUGCAACAAGAAAUGACAGUCAAGGACAAGCAAAUUGAAGAACAGAACACCGUGGUUAAGAGCUUGAAGGAGAGGCUUCAACUGACAACAGAGCAAAACACCCAUGUCCAGCAGAGCUUUGCGGAAAGUGAAUUUCACUGGAAGCAGGAGCGAGAAAAGCUCCAGAGCAAACUGAAAGACCUUGCUGAGAAACAUGAAAAUGAGAAAAGUGAGAAAGAGUUACAGAUAGCCACCAUGCAGUCCUCGGUGUCUCAGUAUGAGGCUGCAUACACUCAGGCAGCUUCCCAGUACAACUCUUUACAGCAACGUUUCCAGCAGCUUUAUGUAGAAAUGGAGAAACUGAAAUCAGGGGAGACAACUGCUGUCUCGUCCUCCCUGGAUCAGCCAGUGAUGUCACAAGAGACUGAACAUCUCAAAAAGCAAAUAAUAGCUUUACAACAGGAACUGGCACAGAGAGAUUCUGAGAUUUCACAGCUUAAAAUGAGUUCCUCCAAACAGACCUCUUCAGAUUAUGCAGAUGAGAUGGAGAAACUGAAGAAUCAGCUCUCAGAGAAAGAUGCCCAGUUGAAGGAUUUGGCAGAGAAAAAGCCAGAAGCUGGUGCUGGCAGCAGGGACACAAAAUUCAUUAAAAUGAAAGCACAGAUGACAUCAAAGAUCAAAUCUCUGGAGAAACAGUUGGAGGAACUGAGAAAAGACAGUGACCUGGCUGACAAAGUAUUACGUCUGGAGAACCGUGUAGCAGAGCUAGAGGACGAGAAAGGUAACCUUCAGCUGAGGCUGGUCGACUUUGAGGACACCAAACUAGUACAAGGGGAGCUGGAAAAACAGGUGAGAGAGCUAGAGCAGGAAAAAGCUGUGAUUGGAGGGGAGAAACAGGAAGUGAUGUCACAGUUGAAAAUGGUUGAGGAAGAGCGGGAUAAAAUGAGUCAGGUGAUCACAGACCAACAGGUGAAACUGGAUGAGAACCAAGUGGACUAUGACCGUGAGCAGACAGGGCUGGUACAGACAUUACAGGAGGACCUGUCCUCGGCACUUGCCAGGUUACAGGAUGUAAGACAGAGGCUGGAUCAGCAGGAGGCCUCCGGGACUGAGCUUCAGGCACAGCUGGCACAGUUACAGGAGCAGAAAUUGAUGACAGACCAACAACUGGUGACUAUAACAGAAGAAUUAAGAGAAGCUCAGGAAAAAUUAACAUCGAGAGAGAAUGAGCUUGCAGAAACUCUGGCCAUCGUCAAACAGUUACAAGAAGACAAGGUGAUGUCAGAGAUGAAGGCUGCAGAAAUUGAAGAACAGAAAGAAGGAGUUGAGAAAGAGAAGAUAGAUCUGCUACAGAAGAUUGAAACACUGAAAGAGAAAGUGGAAUACGAAAUGCAACCUAAUAUUGCUUUUGAGGAGGAGAACAAAGCUCUUCAGGCUAAGGUGGAAGGUUUACAGACUGAAUUGAUUGAAAGUCAAAAUUUGUCAAAGGAGCAGAAGAAUGAGCUGAAUGAGUUAAGACUUCAGCUAGAGAAAAUGAAUUCUGAGAGAACACAAGCAUUAUCCAUAGUACAGCAGCAUGAAACCAAACUGGAAGAGCUUACAGCUUCUUUAAUACAGAGAGAACAGCAACUGACAACCAUGGCUGAGCAGCUGUCCACUCUCCAGUUUAAUCUGCAGGAGGUUGAAGCUAGAAGGUCAGAGCUAGAGAAAGCCUUAGAUGACCAGACUAAGCAGACUGAGGGUCUGGAUGUUAAACUUCAAGAGAUGACAAUUUCCAGGAACAGCUUACAGAAAGAUUUCGCGGUGAAGGAAGAGGAAUGGAAGGUGAACAGGGAAAGCACUGAUCGCGAGAUAUUGGAACUGAAGAAAGCUGUGGAGAAUGUAGAGACGGAGGCCUCUCAGAACAAGGAAAUUAUCAUUAGCAGAGAACAAAAGUUACAUUCGGUCAUGGAGUCCAUGGCUGUAAAAGAUUCAACUCUUGAACAACUGCAGUCAGAGCUCCAGGUAAAAGAAGAGUCCAUAAGUAAACUUCAGUUGGAAUUGAAUUCAUGCUCAAGAGAAAUCGAAGUGUUGCGUGAAGGCCAGUCUGAGAAAGGAAAAGUGUUUGAGUCUAAAAUACAGUCCUUACUGGACCAGUUGUCAGAGAUGGAGAAGGAGGUGACUGAGCAACAGAAGCUAGUAGGAGAGAUGGAGCAGAAAAACAUUCUUCUGGAAGCAGAACUGAAGAGUAAAGUAGAAGAUCACUCCGUUCAGAAGACACAGUGGGAAGAAAUUGUGAAGACCUUUGAGGACAGAGUCAAACAGAGGGAAACUCAACUGACUGCUGCCCAAGAGCAAAUGUCUCUUCUCAGUUCAGAGGCAGACGAUGCAAAAAAGUCUUCUGAAGAGCAGUUUAGCAAGGAACGUUUGAACUACAAUAGUUACAUAGAGAAACUUGAACAAAAAAUGAAGCAGAUUCGAGAACAAAGUGAUAGUCUUCAAAACCAGGUUUCUGAGCGAGAUGUGAAGCUGCAGUCGAUGGAACAGACGGUAAACCAGUUGGCAAAUGAGUGCAGUGAGAAAGAAAAACAGCUUCAUGGUGUAAGGACAAUGUUAAGGGAAACAGAAGAUAUUAUGAAUGUGAAGGACCAGGCUAUUGAGAAAAUGACACAAAGGGAGUCUGAACUCCAGGUAACAGUAGAUGACAAGCAUCAAGAGCUUGAUACCAUGAUACAGACACUCUCAGUCAAAGAUGAGCAGUUGCAGUCUUAUGCUGAUGAAAUUGAAAACCUCCAGUCUCAGUUGGAAAGCCUUGGUAAAGAUUUGAAGCAUGCCACUGUAAGCGAACAGGAGAAGAUCCAAACUCUUGAAAACACUGAGGCGGAAAUCGCAACCCUUGUGGAGAAGUGCUCAGCGUUGGAAUUAAAAGUGGUGAAUGUGGAAAAGGAGUUGGAAGUUUUAGAAAAGAGUAAAAUUUCAUUACAGAACAACCUAGAAGAGAAGGAAAUUCUUAUCAAACAGUUAUCAGAGAAUUUACAGGAAGCUGUUGAAAGCAAGAAUAGUGAUUCAGAAUCACUGAAAUUCGUCCAGUCUAGUUUACAAACCCUUACGUCUGACAAUGAAAAGUUGAGUAACGAAGUUCGGGAGCUUCAAGCAGUGUCCUUUGAGAAGGAUACUCAAAUAGCUGCUUUGACUCAAAAGAUAACUGAAUUCACACAGAAUCUCAAACUUACUGAGGAGUCUGCGAAAAUACUUCAGGAAGAGAAUGAAAAGCUUAAAAGUGAAUUUGAUUCACUGAACGUGAAGUUGGAAGAAGCCCAAGCUGAUGGGAUGUCUAGUCAGUCGAAGCUGAACAAGCAGAUUUCUUCUCUGACAGAACAGUUAACAGUUAAGCAGAGUGACUUGAUUUCCUUGUCAGAGGAAAUGGAAACACUCAAGUUAAAUUUAAAGGAAGCCUACGAGACUAGGCUGACAUUAGAGACUAAUCUCAAAGAAAAACAUUCCUUCAUAGAGAAACUAACGGCUGAUUUAGAAGUAAAGUCUGUUUCAGAAGAAAACUAUAAAGUUGAACUUGAAAAGAUCAAUGUGGAAUUUAAUGAAAAGAGUCAGCAAUUAACUUCAGUGCAGUCUCAAAAUAUUGCAUUGGAAGAAAAAUUAUUAGCUGUGUCUCAGUCCAUGAAUGAAAAGGUUUCAAGCUUACACAGUGAAAAGCAAACAUUGAGUGAAAAAAUAUUGUCUGUCAAAGACUUGUACAAGGAAAGUAUUGAAAAACGUGAAAAUCAAACAUUAGAACUUCAGCAGCAUAAGGAAUUAGUUGAACAAUUUAGAACUGAGGUUAAAAGCUUGGUGACAGAGAAAGAUAAACUUGAAGCUGAAGCAGCGUCAUUGCAGGAGAGACUUGAAAAGACGGAACAGUUGGUGUCUUCGUGCAAUGAAACUCUCAUGCAAUCUCAAACCACAUUAAAAGCUAAAGAAGCUGAACUUCAUGGUGUGAAUAUGGAACUGGAAAAACAAACAGAGAUGUUUCAGUUAAAUACUUCCACCACGGCUGAAAAAGAAGAAAAACUUGUUGGUGCAUUACAAGAAAUUUCUGAUCUGAAAAAUGAACUCUACACUUUGCAGACUUCUCAUGAUGAAAUAAACAAUACUUAUAAAAAUACCAAUGCAAAACUUGAAGAAACAAAGUCAGUGCUGGAAUUAACCCAUGCAAAUCUACAACAGAAGGAUGCUGAAGUAAAAGAGCGUGACAUAAUGUUGAAUGAUGCAAAAGAAAAGUUGCAGCAAACAGAAGCAGAACUUAGCCAAUCUCAGGCACUGGCAGAGCAGUUAAAGUCCAGUGUGGAAAAUCUGGAAAGAGAAUUGGCACAGAGUAAUAUCAAUGUAAAUGAUAGCACACAGACUCUCAGUGAACUUCAGCAAGUUAAUGAUCGCCUUAAGGAUGAUAUUCAGCACUCAUUAUCGACAAUUGAAGAUUUGAGUGCUAAGUACCAGGCUAAAUGUGAAGAGUGGAAUACUCAAACAGCACUUCUCUCAGAAAAAGAACAUUUCAUUACUCAGCUUUCCACUGAACUUGAACAGGUGAAAUUGUCUCUAGCAUCAUCUAACACCUUAAAAUCUGAUCUUAACGAGUUCAUGACUGCUAAAGAAGCUGCUGUUGCAGAUUUGGAGGAACGACUCCAAACAAUCCAGCUCACAGCCCAGACAUUAGGUGUACAAAACAGUGAGCUUAACAAAGAGGUGAACAGUCUUAGAGAAAAGCUUCAGUCCACAGCUGUGUCCGCAGCUCAAGAGACUGUGGGAAAAGAAGCCAAAAUAGAAGAGUUAAGUACGGCCCUUAGUGCCAUGAAAAAGACUGCUGAAAGUCUGACUGGCCAAUUGAGUGUUCAGUCUGAAGCUAUGCAACUGUCUCAGUCAUCCGCUGCGGAGAAAGAUGAAAGGUUUAGACAGUUACUCGAGGAGAACAAAUCACUCAAAGUAGCUAUGCAGGCUAAAUCAACAGAACUUGAAGAUUUAACAAGUCAGCAGGCCAAAAAUAUGUUGGUGAUAAAGACUUUAGAAAACCAAGUGGAAAAGUUACAUGAAUUGUCAUCAGGGAAAGAAACAUCACUGCAAGAGCUACUACAAAACUUCAAGGAAUCUGAGGAUAAAGUAGAAGCAUUGAAGUCUAAAGUAGCCCAUGAUUCAAGUGAGUUGAGCGAAAUGCAACAGACACUUGCUGAACAGUCAGCUCUGCUCUCUUCCCAUCAAGGUCAAAUCUCAGAAAAAGAUGCUGUGAUUUUAUCUCUGAAUGAUCAGAAGCAUAAAUUACAAAAUGAAAUUGAACAACUGAAGGAAGAUGUCAUGAAAUCCAGUGAUUCUUUAAAAGAAAAAGAAACUGAGUGUUUGAAUUUAAGAGAGAACAUUGGAGUUUUACAAACCCAUCUCAAUGAAUAUCAAGUUCAGUAUGAGAGUCUGAAAAAACAGAUGACAACACAAGCUAGUGCGACUUCAGAGACUGUGGAUGCAAAAGAUAAAACUAUUACAUCAUUACAGAAAACGGAUCAAGAUUUGAAAGAAAUGCUAUCUGCCUUGCAGACUGAAAAAACUUCAUUGAAAGAAGAAGUAAAGAAGUUGAAUCGAAAAGUUGAAGAGGCAUUGGCCAAGUCAGAAAUGAAAGAUAAUCAUAUACUGACCCUCACAGAAUCAAUUGAAGAAUACAACAAACAAAUUGCGUCUUAUGCUUCUCAGUGUGAACAACUUCAAGUAGAGAUUGAUUCAGCACUUGCGGAAAGAGACACUAAAACUUCGCAGCUGGAAAUAGCCCAGAAUGCUGUCAAGGAGCUUGAGGAACAGUUAACUGAAACAAGAGCAGUGUCUGAAAAGCUUGAGGAAACUGUGCAUAAUCUGGAAGGCCAACUACAGGUGCAUCAGCAAACUCUUCAGCAAAUGUCCAGCCAUUCAGAGGGCAAAGAGGAGACUUUGGUUCAUCUCACCACCCAGUGUGAACAUCUCAAGGUAACAGUCCGGCAGUAUGCUGAGCAGAACGAAGAGUUGAAAUCACAAUUACAGACAGCAAGGUCUUCUCUGGAACAAGAAGUGAAAAAAACUGGAGAUCAGAACGACAAAAUCCAGUCACUGUUGGAAAACAUGCAAGAGCUUGAAGGUCAGGUAUCAGCCUUGUCGGAAGAAAAGCAGGUAGUUAGUAGCCAGGAAGAACUAAACCAAACAAUUGAGAUGCUUAAAACUACUCUGUCUGAGAAAGAAGCCCAAAUUUUGUCUGUCUCACAGGCUUUAGAAGCUAAGGAAUUGGCUUACAAAAAAGCCAUUGCCACUGCAAAGAAGUUGAAAUACCAGUUGGGCCAAGCUCACAAAGCUGCAGAGGAAGCUAAACCUCAGCUCGAGGAGCAAGAGAAAGAGCUGGAAGAGAUCAAAGCAGAACUGACCAGCGUCAGAGAAAAAAAUUCUGAGUUAGAGAAGGAGAUUGAAGCAUUGCAUAUACAGAUUACAGACUUGGAGACAUCGGUUGAGCAGAAGGAGGCUUCCGUUAAAGAGCAACUGAACGCUUUAGCAGCCGAAAAAGUCCAAGCCGAUGCCUUAAAAGAAGAUUUUGCUGAUCAGCAGCAAAAGCUCAAUGACUCCUUGUCACAACUGCAUACUGCCAAUGUCACUCAAGAAAACCUUUCUCAAGAUCUCAGUGGAAAGCAGAACCUAAUUGACCAGUUUUCUGUGUGGCUGUUACAGCUAUUGGCUACUCUAAGACCUGAAAAAUCAGGAUCUGACCAAGAGCCUGAUGCUAUAACACUAAUGAAUCAGAUAAUGGCAGAGGUUCAGGCAAAGCAAACUGAUUUAGUGACCAAAGACAGAGAAAUCUCAACACUGUCCGCACAUGUGUCAGAGUUACAGCACUCUGGGUCCUCUGAGCAAAAGCCUUUGGCAGCAAGUCCUGCAGAUCUGCAGUCAGAACUCAAAAGUUUGGACGAUCUCAACACAGAAUUACAAGAAGCGCUAAGUGCAAAAGAAUCUGUUGUAACAGAACUUAAACAGAGGAUUGAACAGUACAGCGAGACUCAGGAAUCUAUGCAGGAGACUCUUGCAGAAAGCAAAAAUGUGAACACUGAAAUGUACAGUAAACUGGUGGCACUUCAGGAAGAAAAGGAUGCAGUCUCAGUGUUGUGUUCCAGCCUACAGGAGCAGUUAAACUCACAAACACCUGGUGAUUCACAGGAAUUCGAUUUAAAAGGUAAACUGGCAUCAAUGCAUAUAGAGCUUCAGCAGAAGUGUGUUGACUUAGAAACCAUCAAACAGGAGUGUAAAGAAAAAGAUGACGAGAAUUCUGAGCUGUGUGCAAAGUACGACUCAAUGGAACACCAGCUGCAGAUGCAGAUUAAAUCACUUGAUAUGGAACUGCAGUUUAGUCAUGAAAAUUGUGAAGAAAUAAAGAGUCAGUUGUAUGAAAUGUCUGUCGAGAACAGUAAACUAGAAGCUGAUCAUGAUGCUUUGGUGCAAAUGGAAAACAUAUCCAUCAGUUUAAAGGAAAAGUUAGAACAAGCUUGUCUUGAAAUUGAUAGGUUAAAUGAGUCCAGUGAAAUUCUACGUGCUGAAAACAUUAAAGUUAAAGAUGAGGCAGACCACCUGUACAAAGAAUGUGUCAUGCUUCAGGAAUCGUCACAGAGCUCAACAUCAACAAAAGAAGUUAUCAUGGAUACGAAAGAUGGAACAGCAAGUCUCUCAGAAAUGGGCUCUGUACAAAAUACCAUUCAAAGCCCUCAGAACGAGUUGGAAACAAGAAUUCGUGAGAAUCAGCCUCAAAUAAUGAAGGCAGACUCCUUGAAGGCAGAAUUAAUAGGCUUUCACAGAGAAUCAGCCAAGGAGUCUGAGGUAUCUGGGUGGGGUGACAUGAUACCAGAGACUCGGGUAGAAGAACUUGUUCAGAGGUCAACUGCACAACAGUCCUUUACCCAGACAUCUGAGGCAGAAAUGCUUCAGCUUAAGACAGACUAUGAGUCACUUUACAAUCAGCAUGAGAAAACUAAAAGUGAGUUAGAUGUGACUAAAGUCAAGUAUGAGAAGCUGCUGAUUAAACUCCGAGCUUUGAAGGGCAAGAACGACAAGCUACAAGCCAGCCUUGAUGCUGCAAAUUCAUCCAGCCAACAAGCAGAUGAGUCAUUAGAUGACAGUCAAACUGCUGAAUUAAACCAUAGGUUGGAUGAGCUACAAAAUAAGUUUGACACAUUAUUAGAAUCUACAAAGGCAGAUAAAGAAGCUCUCUUGGGAAGAGAAAAGGACCUGUUGGAAGCCAUGACAAGCCAAGAACAACUUGUAGCCACUAAGACUGCAGAGAAUCAAAAGCUUCUAUUACAAAUUGAAAAUUUGAAUCUCGCCAUAAAUGAAGAGAAACAGCGGUUUCAAGGAAUCCUCUCUGAAGAACAAAAUCACUGGAAAGUUGAGCUUCAGAAACAGAGUUCCGAGUUAAAUAACAAAAUCUUACAACUGAGUGAAGAAAGAGAUAGUUUAAUGAGAAAUUUGACUGAAAUCAAGUCAGCUAGUGAGAUAGAAAAAGGAACUUUAGAAACUAAACUGUCAAGUGUUGAAGAACAGUAUGAAAUGCUGUCAAGAGACAUCGAACAUUAUCAAGUCCUUGUUGAAAGAUUCAAACAUGAGAAUUCGCAGUUGAGGUCAGAGUCUGUGCUCAGAGAACAGCUGGUUCAGAGGUCAGAACAAGAUGACAGUGAGAUGAAGUCCAUUCGGCAAGAACUUGAAAUUGUGCAGGGUCAGCUUAAUAUGUCAGAACAAGAAAAGCAACAGUUACAGGUGGAGUUAAGCAGUGGUGUAAAUAAACACAGAGAGGAAUUAGAGAGAAUUGCUAAGGAGAAGCAAAGCCUUUCUGUGACUAUUCAAGAACUUCAGGAAGAAAACAAAGCUUGUAGAGAUUCCCUUGAAACUGAAUCGGACAAACUCAGGAGAUUAGAAUCUCAGAAUUCAGUAACAGAGGAUAAUCUAAAGGACAAAAUAGCUGAACUUGAAAAUGAGAAAGCCCAGUUUGCAGUAGAAUUUGAAACUAUGCAAGAGGAAAUAGAUAAUCAUAAGUUGGAAAAGCAGUCAGUGAGAGAGGAAAUGGAGGGUAUGAAGUGGAAACUCCAAGAAUUUGGGUCUUUGGAAGAAGAACUAGAACAAGUGCAGAAUGAACUGUUUUCAUCUCAGCAGGAAAAUGGUUCACUAAAGCAACACAUCAAUGAGCUAAAUGUGACAAUUCAAGAUCUGAGUAGUUUAAAGUCUGAGCAUUCAUCUGUGACUGAACAACAUAACAAGCUGCUCGAACAUAACAUGGCGUUGGCAAAACAGGUGGAAGAACUUCAUGACAGACUACGCCAUUUGUCAGAAGACAACAGAAACUCCACAAUAACAUCUGAACAGGUAGCACACCUUGAAAAAGAAAAGCAGUCAUUGCUGAAGAGGAUAAUGGAUUUGGAAAUACAGUGUGAAGAAUCAGCAACUGAGAACACAAGUCUAAAAGAAGAACUACUGAAGACUAAGGGCGAGCUGGAACAACUCUCUUUCGAGACAAACACACUUAAGUCUCAGCUUCAAGUGGUUACCUCAAGUGGUGAUAAACUUGUUAAGUUUCAGGCUGAGUAUGAAAGGCUCCAGCAGCAGUUUGCUGUUGUUGUUGAACAGAAGAAUGAGGUACAAGGGGAGUUAAAUCAAGCCCAACAUUCCUUGCAACAACGAGAGGGACGGUGUCAGCAGAUGGCGAUGCAGGUGAGCCAAUUGGCAGAGGACCGGAGUUACCUGAACAAACAGCUGGGCACCCUGUCUAAGGCCCUGAGGGAGAUGGAGUCUGAGUAUGCGGCCAUCAGAGACCAUUACCAGACUGUCUGUCAAAGUAAUCAGGAUUUACACCGCAGGUUGCGUGACGUAGAGCACCAUGUGACACAGAGCAGUGCCCAGAGAGUGCCCAGUGUUGUUAGCCAGGCUGACACAGCUGUGGAAAGUUCAGUAACUGCCAAGACUCAGGCUGUGACACAAGCAGCACCUCAGACUGAGUCAGGGGAGGGUGAAAAUACAGGAGAAGUACAACAACAGUUACAAGCAUUGCAACAAAGGCUUCAUCAGGUAGAACAGAUCUCCACAACACUACAGAAAGAGAAGGGUGAGAUGGAGGUGUCCCUGGGGAAGGAACGUCAGCGUAACACCCAGCUGGAGGAGGAACUGAUGGCCCUCAGGGAACAUGUUCAGGUCCAGGCACAAGCAGCACUCUCAGAGAUUCGCCUGCAGAUUGAGGGUGAAGAGGAGUCAACACCUAUGUUAAUGAGGGCCAAUCGCAUACUUUCUCGUCAAGAGAAUGGUUAUUGUCAGAGGAUUCAGAGAUGGGUGAGAGUUAAAAAGGACAACUUCUCAUUUUGCAGCCGCCAGCUGACCCGAGUGAUGAGAAUGCGGCCUGGGAUAAGGACCGUCCUUUGGAUCUACUUCAUCAUGCUGCAUAUAACCAUCCUCUCCUGCUUCCUGGGCUACAUCUGAUCACCUUGAACAGGGGACUGAACAGAUGGGUUAGUCACCUGAUUCUCCACAAACCCAUACAUCACUGCAAAGUCCUGACACAUUCCUGGCGAGAAGAACUAAGUUAGCUGAGCUCAAGGCUUACCAGAACGAAAUUACUCUCAGUGUUCACACUGUUUCCAUCUGUGAAUAGUGGCAUUACAAUAUUAGAGCAGAGAAGUUACUUCCCCUUAUCUGUAAAUCUGUGAAAAUUUCUGAAGUUACAAGCUAGGGAAAAACUUUUUAUCCAGUAACACUUUCAUGGCAUCAUGUACUAAUAAAUCUGGUUUCACCAUUGAUGUAUAUGCUAGGUCCCUAGUAGUGUCUACAAGGUGAAUUUGUCUGUCUUGUUUUCACUGGGUAGGUCAUUUUCAUGCCUAAAAUGCUGGACUUCAUAAGCAACCUUAUUUUCACAAAGUCUGUGAUAUGUACAUCUUCCACAUUGUCGGGAACUGGCCCGAUAUCAUAAAAUGUAUGAAAUUGUUUCGUCCAUUUCGUAUUAAAUGAUAGAAGAUGUUAUCUUUUAAGUUGAAGAAAAGUAAAUGAUUAAGAUUUGGAUAUUGUUCGGCGGGACAUACUUACAUACAAAAUGUAAGAAAUUAUUUUCCCCACGGCAAAUUGUACAUAAAUAGAUGUAUUAAAGAAGUGAUUUAUGGUAAUCAUGCUUGUUUGGCUGCUGUAUGAAAUUGAUAUGUAAAACUCACAUUAAGAGAAGUGAUACAUUCAAUACGGUCUUUCAUGAAUUGCUGGUUUAACCCAGGUUUAUAGCAAGUACAGGAGAAAGGUGAAACUUUUAUUUAUACAAGCUGCAUUGUUUUACUUUUUACAAAGAGUCAUAUGAAGGUUACAGUGAUCUCUGUAUUAAUUGUAGUUCUGAGGAUCCGGUUGAGACUCUUAGUUUUAUCUUUAACUUUGAAUUAUUUCACAUACAUGUGCUCCCCCAGUUAUGUUUAAAAGAACACGUUUGUUUUCUGCAUUUAAAACUUCACAAAAAUAUUCUUCCCUUCACCACCUCUUAUUGGCUAAAUUAUACGGAAAUAAGAGAUGAAUGGCAUGUGCUUGUGUAGUGAUCUGAUCUAAUUAGGGAAUUGUAUGUCUUUUCCACAGGUUGUGUUAAAAGAGGCCAUACCAAAGAUUUUAGGCAAACAAUCCAUAUUCGCUACUUAAAGCUCAGAUAAUAGCCUUUCAUAGUGUUAAGAUGAUCCUAAGGUUUUAAAAGGUCAUAAUGUGACCCGCUGUAUAAAUUAAAAGAGCUUUUUGUACAGUAACACAUGCGUAGAUGAACCUGAUUUUUGUGGGGGAAAAAUUUGAUUGCAUUUGCAAUGAUCGAUUGUUUGCGAGAAAUCUCUGAUAGAGCCUCUUUACCUGGGUUAUGGCAGUUUUAAUCUUCUUUAUCAUUUUAGAUAGUUUUAUGUUAUACACAUACAACUUCCAUACUAAUCAUAUUUUCAUGGUAAACAUAUUCAUCUCUGAGGGCUGACAGUACAGAGACAAACUUACAUGUACCUGUACCAAGUUGUGAUUUUUUAAGAGCAUACCCUUUUGUGAAUGUUCAUGUGUGGUACUGGAUUCUGGCUUUUUGUUCUUAUCAGUUGUACUAAAUGGAUUCAAUUUAUUUGAAAUAUAUCUCGAUCAUCACAAAACUGACAUUGGUAGGGUUGUGUGAUGACGCAUUUGACCAUGGCUGUGUGAAUUUUAUAAAAUUGUACAUAAAAAAUAUGUACAUUUACUAGAACUUUUUUCUGCCAUCCAUGUACAGUUGGAAGAGAGUCAGUCAUAAUAUAUACAAUCACUGUAACCAUAACAUGCAUGCAUAUAUUGGUCAUGGUGCUCUUCUCAUAGAAAAAUAAACUUAUUCCUGAACGUAUCUAUAUUA